AAUCAAAACCCCCACAUUACAGAAAUAAAGAAAAACAGUAACCUCUCAAUCCAGUCGCUCCCAUUUACAGCAAAACCCUUCGGCUUCAAAACGAAACGGAGCUUCACAGCGUCUGUACAAUUUAGGGCUUCUCAGAGAUCAGACCGCCUAUCACGAUGUACCGAACCGCGGCUUCUCGCCUCCGCACUCUCAAGGGUCGCACAUGCCGCAGAGUACCUGCAAGGUUUGCAAGUUCAAGUGCUGUUGCUACAACAUCCUCCUCUUCAGAUGGCCUCUUUAGUUGGGUCACUGGAAGUCAGGCCAAGUCCAUACCAUCACUAGAUUUUCCUCUACCAGGCGUUGCCCUACCACCUUCAUUGCCUGACUAUGUUGAACCUGGUAAAACUAAGAUUACAGCACUCCCAAAUGGCCUCAAAAUUGCUUCAGAAACCUCAGCGAAUCCUGCAGCAUCAAUAGGACUAUAUGUUGACUGUGGUUCAAUCUACGAGUCACCAGCCUCAUUUGGGGUCUCACACCUGCUUGAGCGUAUGGCCUUCAAGAGCACAACAAACCGCAGCCAUUUGCGGAUUGUGAGGGAAGUAGAGGCAAUUGGAGGCAAUGUGCAAGCUGCAGUUUCUCGGGAGCAGAUUGGAUAUACCUUUGAUGCUUUGAAGACAUAUGUUCCUGAAAUGGUAGAGCUGCUUAUUGACUGUGUGAGAAACCCUGUUUUCUUGGAUUGGGAGGUCAAUGAACAGCUUCAGAAAGUGAAAGAGGAAAUUGCUGAAGCUGCAAAGAAUCCUCAGGGCUUGCUUUUAGAGGCCAUUCACUCGGCUGGCUAUUCUGGUGCUUUGGCAAAUCCUCUUUUAGCCCCAGCAUCUGCAGUAAAUGCAUUGAAUGGUACAGUUUUGGAGGAUUUUGUUGCGGAAAAUUUUACUGCUUCUCGGAUGGUACUGGCAGCAUCUGGUGUUGAACACGAGGAAUUGUUAUCUGUUGCCGAACCACUUUUGUCAGACCUUCCCAAUAUUCCUCGUCUUCAGGAGCCAAAAUCCGUGUAUACUGGAGGUGAUUAUCGUUGUCAGGCUGAUUCAGGGGAUCAAACUCAUUUUGCUCUUGCAUUUGAACUUCCUGGUGGUUGGCACAAGGAGAAGGAGGCUAUAAUUUUGACUGUUCUUCAGAUUCUAAUGGGAGGGGGUGGAUCAUUUUCAGCUGGCGGCCCUGGGAAAGGAAUGUAUUCGAGACUAUAUGUCCGUGUCUUGAAUGAGUAUCCACAAGUUCAAUCAUUUUCAGCAUUCAACAGUAUUUACAAUCAUAGUGGCAUAUUUGGAAUACAAGCCACAGUGGGUUCUGAUUUUGCACCAACUGCGAUUGAUGUAGCUGUCAAGGAGCUUAUUGCUGUUGCAACACCUGGACGAGCAGUUGACCAAAUGCAACUAGACCGUGCCAAACAGUCAACCAAGUCUGCCAUUUUGAUGAAUUUGGAAUCUAGAAUGAUUGCUUCAGAAGAUAUUGGGAAACAAGUCUUGACAUAUGGUGAGAGGAAACCUGUGGAGUUUUUCUUGAAGGCUGUUGAUAAAGUUACACUGAAGGAUAUUUCUUCUGUAGCCCAAAAGCUUCUAUCUUCUCCUCUCACAAUGGCAUCAUAUGGAAAUGUCAUUAAUGUCCCAAGCUACGAUUCGGUUAGCCGCAAGUUCAAGUGAAACAUGAGAUUGCUUUCAUGUGUCGAAUGUGACGACCAUUUGACCCAUUUUCUACAGUGCUGUGCAUCUGUGUGCCUUUGAGUUGUUUUAUAACAAGAUGCGGUUGAAAAUAAGGAGAUAAGAUUUUUCCAUUUUAAUCAAUAAAUUUUUUCUUCCCAGCAAGCAAUAUAUUAAUGAAAUAGCUGCUGCAGACAAUGGGACUGGCAUGUUUUCUGCUGAAUUCCAUGACUUUGGUCAUAGUUCGGGAAAAAGGUCUCCAAAUUCUAUGUUCACUUCUGUUUUACCAAUGACCCAAAGUAAAUUCAAGAAUGGUUAUUUACUUGAGUGUACAUUUGGACUGGGAAAUUUUUGCUGUGUAUGUCAGAACAUUUGCCUGUUAUGGCACAAUUUUCAGCUUUUGCUGUUAUGACUUAUUUCAGGUUACUCGAAUUUAUGAUGGAUGCUUUUGAUUUCAUAUUUUUACUCUCUUAACAUGUUGCAGACGGUAUGGAAAUUGGUUGUGCCCCUAAGAUUAUUUCAAAAGGGUUAUAUGAUCGUAAU